AUGGCACAAGAACAAGAACAAGAACAAAGAGCAUUAAUCAAUCGUAUAACAAACGAAACCAAGAUUCAAAUCGCUAUAUCUUUAAAGGGUGGUCCACUAACUCUACAAAGCAGUAUCUUUCCCACCAAAGAAUCUUCCAACGUGGCCACACAAGCUACAUCAUCACAAGUGAUAGAUAUCCAUACCGGUGUGGGAUUCCUCGAUCAUAUGAUCCACGCCCUGGCCAAACAUGCCGGUUGGUCCUUGAUUGUGGAAUGUAUUGGUGACUUACAUAUCGACGACCACCAUACCACUGAGGAUUGUGGUAUUGCUCUAGGUGAGGCAUUCAAGGAGGCCAUGGGGGUGGUCCGUGGUGUCAAGAGGUUUGGAACUGGGUUUGCACCAUUGGAUGAAGCUCUAUCUCGUGCAGUAGUGGAUUUGUCCAAUAGACCAUAUGCCUUUAUCGAAUUGGGGUUGAAGAGAGAAAAGAUAGGCGAUUUAUCCUGUGAAAUGAUCCCACAUUUCCUUGAAAGUUUCGCUGAAGCUGCAAGAAUAACCAUCCAUGUCGAUUGUCUAAGAGGGAAGAAUGACCAUCACAGAAGCGAAAGUGCAUUCAAAGCACUUGCAGUGGCCAUCAGAGAGGCCACCUCCCCCAACGGUACGAAUGAUGUACCCUCCACCAAGGGUGUGUUAAUGUAA